CUUCUGCCUGCCUGAACUCCUCGAGACUUGUGGCCUGAUGCAGCAACAAGAACAGCGGUGCGAUUUGUGCGGACGGCCGUCAGCUCGGAUUGCUCAUAUCUUGCAUCAUGGGGGCCUAAGAACUCGCACAGCACCUCGGAAGCUUCAGUUGUGGGUGGCCAGCUGUGGAUGGCACAUUGGAACUGAUCCUGUGACCACUCGCAAUAUUUCGUCAACCAAGGCAAGCAGGCUCAUGUGAGAUGCCUGGAAUUCGCUAUUUUCGGUGCCCAAGAUGCAGCUGCUCUGCAGUUUCAUUGAAGUCACUCUUCCGUCACCUUCACGUAGCUCAUGGACAUGAAAGCAACUGGGUCUGUGGCUUGGCUGGAUGCAUGCAAAACGUCAGACUGUUUACUUCAUACAAGAAACAUGUGUACAGAAGACACAGUGACAUAUUGAAGAGGCCAGUUCCCAGCAUGAAUGCAACUUCAAACACUGCAGACACCACUGGAAGUGCUGCUGAAACUGGUUCAGAUACUCUUGACGUCUUAGGAGCACUUGGAGAAACAGAAUGCAGUGAGCUGUCCAUAUCCGGUGAUUCAGACUAUGUGAAGCAGCUUGCAACAUUGUUUUUGAAGUGGAAGGAGGGGCGACGACUUCCAGAAUCGACAUUGCAUGAAAUAGCUAAUGAUGUAAUAUUCUUUGUAAAAGCUCUUUUGGAAGACGACCGACUCCAAUCUAGUGUAGAGGUGGCUAGAAUCAUGAAAGAGGUCCUACAUACAGAUAGUAUGAACUAUCUGCUGACAACUGCAGGUCAGUCUUCGUACUGGAAAAUGCACUUUCCAUUUACUAAACCACAAACAGUUAUUCUUGGAGUAGCCAGCAAUGGGAAAACUGAAACAAUGGAAUAUGUGCCUCUGUGUGAUGUGCUCAAAUCUGUCCUUGAGAAUGUGACAUUAUCAGGGAACUUUGAUCACCCAGUUAAAUUGGAAAAUUACAUGUGCUCAGUGUUUGAUGGAAGCGCAUUUUCUGACCACACAUACUUUGCUGGUGACACCAGCAAGAUUUGUUUGCAACUUUACAGCGAUGAGUUCGAGGUAUGCAAUCCUAUCGGUAGCAAACGAGGCACACACAAAUUGACUGCAGUUUAUUUCUCAGUGCUGAAUUCGUGUGCGAAUCUCCGCUCACAGUUGACAGGAAUUAACUUGGCACUUCUAGUAAGAGACAAACAUGUGAGCACGUAUGGGUUACCUAAGAUAAUUGCACCUUUGCUUGAAGAUGUGAGCAGGUUAGAAAAUGAAGGCAUAGUUGUGAAUAAGAAAGUGCUGAAAGGGUCAGUAUUUGUGUUCACUGGUGACAAUCUUUCUACUCAUAGAAUGGGAGGGUUUAAAUGCAGUUUUUCUCAUGGCAGAAUUUGCAGAUAUUGCAUGGCACUGCGAACCGAGAUUAAUUACAAGCAUCUAGAGACUGACUAUGUUUUACGUUCGCCAGAAGGACAUCGUCAUCAUUUGUCAAUGCUAAGUGCUGGAUUGCCCACCACAUCACUGUAUGGAGUUCGGAGCCCCUGUGCUCUUCAGUGUCAAGGUUUUGACCCAACUCAGCACUUUCCACCAGAUAUUAUGCAUGAUAUGCAUGAAGGUGUGCUACCAUUUUCACUCAGGCACAUAAUUCGUUAUUUAAUUUCAAAAGGAUGUUUUUCUCUUCAGUUCCUGAACAGUUGCAUUUCCAGAUGGAAGUAUGAUCCAAGUGAUGUUCGAAAUAAGCCAGAAGCUAUUUCUAACACAUUUCUCCAAGCAAAGGCACCAUUCAAAGGGUCAGCUACGCAGUGUUUUUGUCUGUUCUGCCAUCUUGCCCUGUUCGUAGGAGAGUGCGUACCAUCAGAAGAUGAAGUCUGGCAACUUUACUUGCUUCUUCGUGAUAUCACGGAUAUCAUCAUGUGCCGGAAGCUUCCAGUCUCAUAUAUAGCUUACUUGCAAAGAAAAAUUCAGCUUUUUUUGCUAGACUUCAGCAGGUUGUUUCCUUCUGUGUCUUUUCCAUGCAAGAUGCACUACCUCAUACACUAUCCCUCAAUAAUGCAAAAGUUUGGCCCUUUAAUUUUACUUUGGGCGAUGCGCUUUGAGGCUAAACACCAGUAUUUCAAGGAUAUUGCUCGUAAAAUCCACAACUUCAAGAACCUUUGUCACACUCUGGCCAUGUGACAUCAGUUCUUUCAGUGUUUUUCCAUUAUUAAUGGGGAGGACAGGGGCAUUUUGGUCAGUGCUGGUUGUUGCCAGGUGCUGCAUGAGCACCUAUCUGACAUUGCCAAAGAGUGCAUCAUUCAACACAACUUGAACGCUGCGUGUAUAUUUUCUGCAAACUCUGUUACAACAAAUGGUAGGACAUACAGAGUAGGGUGUGCCAUUGUCAGCAGUGUCCAUGAUGAUUCCCAUCCACAGUUUUUGCAAAUAUGCGAGAUACUUUUUGUAAACAAGAUUCUUGUAGUUGUAGGAACGGUAUUUCGUACCAUUUGCUUUGAUGAGCAUUUUCAUGUAUACGUUGUACAGACUACAGAUGACCACCAGAUUCUGUGGUCAUUUCCAGAGUCCGAUAUAGAACCUGUAUACUUAAGAGAGCACAGAGGUCGAACAAUUGUAGGUGCUCGUUCAGGAUUGUUCUAGCCGAGCUUUGGUGCACCAAGCUUGGUCAGUGUACACUUAAAUUUUUCAACUUUAUAUCAUUAGUAAAAACUAGCAGGAGUAGCAUGCCAAUAGCUUAGUGAUUAUUCUUCUGCGUCAUUGGAGGCUAAGCUAUGGUUAACUGUGUUUUGUAAUGCUGCGAGAUUUUGGUGCUGUUUGUUUCUGUUCUCUUGCUCACUCCUUUAUUUGUAAAGUUAUGUGAUGAUAUUUAAAAAAUGCUUAUUAA